UGUUCGUAUUAAGAACUUGAAACCUAAUGUCAUCUAUUUUGAGACUUUUUCUUUUCAAACUUGAUUAAUACCUGUUCCAAAUGCGAAACUGUCUACCUCUGGACUCUCCGGCUUGAUGCGCUUCGUCUUACGAUGGGGAGACUUGAACCCUUGACCUCCCUAGCUUUGGGACGGUCCCCUUAUGAUGACGUUGUGCAAGGAGAAGGCCCUGAGGAUACUCACGAGCCUGAGAAGCAGUACGAUGGGCUGGGGCGUAUUGUUAACCCCCGGACUAAACAAAUCAUCAAGGAUGUCAUCCGCGCUCAUAACGAGGUCAUGCUUGUGAUUGGAGUUGCCGAACCUGAGAAUACUGGUAUCAACAUAGCCGAUUUAGAAUUGACAAAACAACACCAAGAAUAUGAAAGUGAUACAGGGAAGACUUUAUACCAACUCGGUACCUCUCUUGGAAUACUGAAUACCUGGGGCGUCCUCAACAUACGGCGACGCAUCUUGGUAUAUAAAAAACGUGCCGACAUCUCGUUCUUUCAACUACUGCAAACGGAAUGGAGGGAUCACUCAUUUCUACAGCUUUUAUUUGCAGGUUAUCCAUGCCACAUGGCUAUGCAUGGAUUACGAUUGACUUCUAGGUACUUGAAGUCAUACUCGAGGAGAGGAUAUCCAUGGCUCCUUGCCGGAAUAGAAUAUAUUCGAUUCCAUUUACAUCUGUUUCUCACGAUGCAACGCCUAGACCUGAUACCUGGAUAUCAGUGGCUCCCAGGCCCUACUUUUUUUAUACCCUUUUCUAGCACGUCGCCGUUUUCUGCACCACCUCUACCAGAAUCACUAGAUGUUUCCAGUGUAUUAGGCUGGGUUGGUAAGUUGGCUGUCAAUAUGGCCCCCUACGCUACAUUUUAUAUAUGUGGUUGCGUUUGGCAGUCGACAUGCGCCUUGUUGAGAUCUCGCAUACGUAAAUACCUACCCCGGCCCACAUUCAGUUUGAAAAAUUCGACAUUAUCCGCAAAUGCUGCUCAGAGACAAGCCAUUCCGGAAUCGCCAACUUUAGGAGCGGCUGAUCGGGAGAUCAGACAUCAAAAUCCGGAAGCCGAUGCUCCAACAUCGUUGGCCCUAGAUCAACCUAGUGGCGAAACUAUUCCAGUCGGAUCGAUUAGGAGACAGAGCACAUUCUCAAGUCGAGCCGGAGAUGACUACGGUACUGAUGAAGAAGAUGCUGAGAUGGUUAAUCCAACACUGAUUAGCUUUGACGUGGAUACCAGCGAAUCUACCGAGCCGCAAACUGGGAUCUGGUCGGCCGAGCUACGGCCCAGUUUUCCAGGAGACUCUCGACAGCAGACCAAAGAGGCACCCAUAUAUGCAGUAAAUCCCUUGACCAGCUUACCCAGCUCGUUUGCGUCAGAUAUACUUGCCAACUUCGUUACGAAUAUCCUCUUUAUACCCUUGGACACCCAUGCGUUUCCAAUGGUAGCAAGAGCCCUUGCACGAAGAAGGGGCCUCCCUUACGAAGAUAUGUACGACGGAAGCUUUUUAGGAGGCUUAACGUGGCGAGGACUCCUAAAUAUUAUCCAGUUGGAUGUGGCUAAGCUCCUUUUCUCUGGUGAGGUUUGGGCUAUUACGACUGUGUUAUCUCAAUAUCUACAUGUCACCGAGGAAGAAUGGAAGGAAAUACGCAAAGAAGAUGAGCAAGAAGGCCUUCUUCAUUAGUGGACCUUUAUAGUGAGUCUAGGGUUACCCCUAGAUUUUCCAUCAUGGAAAUUAUCCUAGACGCAAACCAGUGUCAGUUACUAUAUCCGGCUCGAAAAUGGCCUGGGACGGUAAAUGUUGUGUUUGCGGCGUUUGUAUUCUAGGCAGGCGUUUGGUCGAUAGUACUCCGGAAUGAUACCAAGCAUUAUAGGGCUACAACAAGCACUGCGUUACGAAGACGGUUCAGGCCAAGUAUUUGAAUCCGACUUCUAGAAGAAACCCAUCCCGCGUAUUAUAUUUCAAAGCUCCUUUAUCCAAGCGGGCUGUUACGGUAACCCUUUGCAUAGUGGACCAUCAUCUAACUCCAAGUCUCAAAUAACCACAAAUAUCCACUCUAGGAUGGAACGUACCAUGAAGCAUUUUAGCCAUCUAUGAUAGUUGUUAAGCUUUCAUGCGCGACGAUCAUAGGAAAUUAAUUCGGCACGAUCGGUAAUGAGCCUCCAAUG